CUUUUCAUAACAUAUCCACCCCAACAUCUCAGAAUUGUCAAAGGAUAUAUACUGAGAAGAGAGAAUUAUUGCACAAGAUGUUUUCCACAUCCACUUCUAUUUUCUUGCAGCCUAGAGCUAGUUUGAAAGUGCAAAGAGAGGAAAUUGCAACUACAGGUAAUUAUUAUUCAACAAGAGUAGCCCGCAACCCAAACUUGGAGAAGUUGCAAACUAACUAUUUGUUUCCUGAGAUCUUAGAGAGGGAGCUUAAGCAUGUGGAGAAGUACCCAAAUGCUAAAUUAAUAAGCCUUGGAGUUGGUGACACCACACAGCCCUUACCCCAACCUGUUGCCUUGAGAAUGUCUAAUUAUGCGCGUGCUCUUUCAACACCUCAAGGAUAUACUGGCUACGGACUGGAACAAGGGAACGAGGAACUAAGAAGAACAAUUGCAGAAACAUUAUAUAAAGAUCUUUCUGUAGAAGAAAGUGAGGUCUUUGUAUCUGAUGGUGCACAGUGUGAUCUCUCAAGAGUUCAGUUGCUUUUGGGUUCAAAUGUGUCAAUUGCUGUGCAGGAUCCAUCAUUUCCAGGAUAUAUAGAUUCAAGUGUGAUUAUGGGGCAGAGUGGUGAUUUGAAGAAUGAGUCGGGAAGAUAUGGAAAUAUAAAGUACAUGAAGUGCAGCCCAGAGAAUGACUUCUUCCCAGAUCUCUCCAAAACUGCAAGAACAGAUGUUAUCUUCUUCUGCUCUCCAAACAAUCCCACUGGUCAUGCAGCAUCAAGGCAGCAAUUGCAACAACUUGUUGACUUUGCACAACUAAAUGGUUCAAUUAUCGUCUAUGAUGCAGCUUAUGCUGCUUAUGUUUCUGACUCAAGUCCUAAAUCUAUUUAUGAGAUCCCUGGUUCCAGAAAGGUUGCGAUUGAGAUCUCAUCCUUCUCAAAGAUUGCGGGGUUCACAGGCGUCCGUCUGGGAUGGACUGUAGUGCCUAAGGAACUCCGCUAUUCAAAUGGAUUUCCUGUUAUACACGAUUUCAAUCGCAUCAUAUGUACUAGCUUUAACGGUGCUUCCAACAUAGCUCAGGCUGGUGGACUGGCUUGCCUCUCCCAGGAGGGUUUCCAGGAAGUUAUGUGUAAAGUAGACUACUACAAGGAGAAUGCGAAGAUUUUAGUUGACACUUUUACUUCGCUGGGAUUAAGAGUUUAUGGAGGUAGGAAUGCGCCUUAUGUUUGGGUACAUUUCCCAGGUUCCAGAUCAUGGGAUGUGUUCAAUUGGAUUCUUGAUAAGACUCACAUCAUUACAGUCCCUGGAAUUGGAUUUGGUCCAAGUGGUGAAGGUUACAUAAGGGUUUCUGCUUUUGGACGCAGAGACGGCAUCUUGGAAGCAUCUAAAAGACUCACAACCUUACUUUGCUAGAUAAAUACUUGCUUUCAUUCUCUUAUAAACGUUUCUACUCACAGUUGCUUCCAGCUUCUGAUUCUCAUGUUUUAUACACUUAAUAAGACGAUCCAGUUGUUUGCCAUCUAAUAAAUAGUUGACUCCUUUAUU